AUGAUCGAGGGCAACGGGUUCAUCUCCGCUGAGGCUGGGCCAUCGAGGCCUCGCUAUGACGAACAACGCCCUCUUGCAAAUGGGAUAAAAGAGAUUCAUCCCGAAGGCGAAAUAGGGGACGAAGGUGAUGAAGAUGAUCUGGAGGAAAAUCAGAGGGAAGAUGAAGCGACUAGACUAGAAGAAAUUCUUACUUCUUCCUCGCAGCGGCCACCCUUACCGUCUAAAGCAUCGUCAACUCUUCUUUCUCGCCCUCAACUCUCUUCUAGACAAUCAUCAAAGCUCAAAGCACUGCAUCCUUUAGCAUCGAUAGACUUUCCUCCAUCCAUCCAUACACCCUCUUCAGAAGUGUUCGAUCUAUCUUCCACGCCUGGUCUGAACGGCACAACAUACUCGUCAUUACCUCCCUCGCCGAGGGGAGAAGUCGAUUUCGAAUUUACCGUUCCGCCUCCUCUACCUCCCCAGAAGAGAGGCUUAGGCAUCAAUGAGUUGGGUUCAGUCUUGGACAGAUUGACCAUCCCUUCUUCUGAGCAUUUAGCUGCAGAUGAAGAUGAAGGGGAAGAAGAGUUCUGGCCUGCGAGAUCUAGAAGACCGACGAUAACUGAAAAUACCUAUACCUUGAACGAUACAAACGAAGAUGGAUUAAGGAUAUCUUCUCCCGAACCUGAAAAGUACGAUCGCCAUCUGCACAAUGACGAUAAUGAGUUCAAGGGAUUGAACGAAGAAGGUAAAAUUGAGUUUUCGGGAAUAUGGGAUUUACUGAAAGAUGAGAUGGGUGCGGAAGAAUGGGAUGGUUGGGUCGUCGAUGGCAAAUGGGAGCGAAUCGCAAACUUCUUGGCUGUCCCAAUAGCAGUUGAGAAGACUACUACCUUCGGUGCCCUACUCUGUCUUGAUGGGUUCUUAUACAAUUUCACCGUCUUACCUAUAAGAUCAGCUUUUGCUAUCACCCGCAUCAUAUCGAAUGUGGUCAAACGAAAGGAAUGGUGGCCUAUCCCACUGGCUCAUCAACACUCGAUCUUAAGGAUGUUACUCCUUCUCAUACCUACAAUCAUCUUACUGGGCGCUACCGAUUCAAGUAAGAUGUAUCAUUCGGUUAGAGGUCAAGAUACAAUCAAGUUGUAUGUCAUUUUCAAUGCAUUGGAAAUCGCAGAUAGGUUAUGCUGUGCAUUCGGACAAGAUGUACUUGAUACGCUAUUCGCCAGAGAGACUCUAUCGCCUAGUAUACGGAAAAGAGGAAAAGGUAGAAAGAGACAACAAGCUAGACCUGUGUUUUUCUUUGCCCUGUCAUUGGGAUACGUCUUGGCUCAUACACUCAUCUUCUUCUAUAUGCUCGUAUCGCUCAACGUGGCUAUCAACUCCUACGAUUACACUUUGUUGUCCCUGCUGAUCAGUAACCAGUUUGUGGAGAUUAAAGGAUCUGUGUUCAAAAAGUUUGAAAAAGAAAAUCUAUUUCAAAUUAUGUGUGCCGACAUAGUCGAGCGAUUUCAACUUUCCCUCAUGCUUUCCGUCAUCGCGUUAAGGAAUAUGAUUGAGAUGGCCGGAUCAGAAAUCGCUUUCUUACCCAAGAGCUUCAUCAGAGGUAAAAAUCUGGUAGAUUCGAUCUUAUCGCCUGUACUAUUCGUUAUCGUCUCUGAGAUGAUCGUGGACUGGCUCAAGCAUGCUUUCAUCACGAAAUUCAAUCACGUUAGAGCAUCCGUAUAUGAACGAUUCACCGAUGUACUAGCGAAAGAUGUGUUGUUAGCUGGGUCUUUGGGAAGUGUAAGGAAUAGGAUAAGGGGAAGAAACCACCAAGUCCUUCUUGAUCAGUCACCUUUGGUUGCUCGGCGAUUGGGUUUCGCUUCCAUUCCCUUAGCUUGUUUGGUACUUCGCGUUGCAGCUCAAGCGAUAGGGAUGUUAUCAACCUCUUCUCAUCAUGAUGAAUCUCUAAAUGAUCUUACUGCUGGAGAUUGGAUAUGGACAAUAAUGAAAUGGACUAGUUGGACAGGAGUUGGACUCUGCGCCUGGGGAUGUCUGGUGUUCUUGAAAGUCAUUCUUGGUCUUGCCUUGCUGAGUUUCUCAGCUACUAGGCAAGAGGGGAUGGAUGCGAGAGAAGCAGAGGAUGCUGUGAAUGAUUUUGGCAGGUCAGCAGUAGGCGAAAGCAAAGAGGAAACGGAAUACAAUAAACAGAAUGCCCGAUACCUCUCUCAUCCCAAUGAUGACCUUCCGGCCUACCCGAGUCCCGGAUCGAUACAUACUCCCACUACACCUUUUGCAAUGCCGAAAUCGGUGUUGGUGAAUAAUGCAAAGAAGAUGAACGGAGGGAGCUUGAGUGAUCCUGAGAAAGUAAACUCUAAUUCCGAUUAUGAGACUAAAGAUAAAGACAAGGAAAAGAAAGGAGGAAAGAAAGGCAAAAAAUGGAAGUUGGAAGAAGUAGAAAGGUGGACAAUGGUCAAGAGGAUUUGGUAA